CGAAGUCCUAACAGUUUCCACAAGUAGAACAACCAAAGCAAAGAGAAAGAGAGAUAGAGAGAGAGAGAGAGAGGAUUAGGAUCUCCCUCUAACAAUGGCAAUGAUCCCUAUACCGAGCGAACAAGUAGAGAUCCCCAUUAGAGAAAGGUCUGAGCAGUGGCAAUGGGAGAUUCAGUUCUCUCGCUUCUUCAACUACCCUCCUCUCUCCUCCACCUCUCCCGAUCUCAUUCCUCUCCCUCCCAAACUCCGUAACCGUCGUCCUCAAGGCACUUGGAUCUCUUCCUCUUCCUCUUCCUCUUCCUCCGCCUCCUCCGCCUUCCUCCGCCUCCUCAACGAUCCUUCCAACUCCGACUUUAUCCUCACCGUCUCUUUCAGAGCCAAGAUCCUUGAACAGCACUAUGUGUCCAAGCUGCACUUCUCAUGGCCUCAGGUCUCGUGCGUUGCUGGAUUUCCUGCCAGGGGUAUAAGGGCAGUUUUUGUGAGCUACAGAGAUCAAGUAGGCGAGAUCCAGAAGUUUGCUUUGCGAUUUUCAACAAUUUAUGAAGCAGAUGGAUUCAUAAAUGCUUUGAAGGAGAUCUUGAAGGAUAUGAGGGAUAUUCCACCUCUGAAUAGUGACUAUGGCUCUGAAAUUGUAUCGCAAUCUGAGUUUAUGUCUUCAAAUACACACCCGGAUAGAGCUUUUGAGAACUUGAAUCUUAUGACUUCUCCUGAAACUUAUACUCCUCAAAUGUCACCAAGCUUGAAAAAUGAAGUUGAGCAACACUCAUCUAACCAGGAAAAGGAAACUACAUUCACUCACGAGUUUGAAGGAAUUCAAGCAUCAUUGCCGCCCAGCUUCACAGCAUUACUGACCAACUGUUGCGCUGAGGUCUACCAAGGUUCAGGUUCAGCCCAAUCAAAUCUCUGUGAGGAAGUUGAUCUCAAAUCCCAAAUUGUGAGAUACAUGGAAGAUUCUUCCUUCCAAGACAUGUUGAUUAAAGUGGAGAAAGUUAUCAGCGAAAUUGGCGGUGAUUUGACACUGUAGUUGUACAUGGCUUUGCAAAUGAAGUCUGGAGCAGAAUGCAUUUUCAUUCAUUCCCCUGCAAUGGAAGUUGUAUAUGGCAUUUGAUACAUACAGGCUAAACCAUGUUCAUAUUCUCCCCCACACCACACCACCCACCC